GAUGAUCGUCACACAGCAUUUCACCUAUUUGCACGGUGUUCUUCAGAACACGGAGAGAAGGAUCAUUAACUCGUUGCGGGAGCAUCAGAAUGCCCAGGGCAAGAACAUCGAAGAGAUUUUAACGCAACUGAACAAACACGAGGAACGACUUCAGUCUGCACUUGUGAUAUCCACAUCCCUCACAGAAAAUUUCGACAAAGUGGAUAUUCGACAGGUGAUACGAAAAUUACAGACUCUGGUCGACAUCCCUUGUCAUUUGAUACAAAAUAUUGUACCAGACGAACAGGAGAUCAAAUACGACAUCGACAACAGCAUCAUCGAGGCCAUAGAAGAGCAUUGCCACGUGCACAUACCGGAAACUUCGUUCUUCAGCUUGCAACGGACAGACAUGUUGCCGGACAGCUAUGAGAUAGAACCACUGACAGAAGAGAUCACCACCUCGCAGCGUGUCAAGGCGGAGAAAAAGUCGGUGGCGAGACAUCCCCGGAAAGACAAUAAUUUUCCUGCUGUUGGGUUCUCGGAAAUAGUUCACGUCACUCAUGUUGUGGACCCCUCUUGUUUCUAUGUUCAAUUGAUGCAAAAUCAGCACAAACUAUCGAAUCUUACAAAGGAACUGGCAACUCUGGCUAACACUACAGGAACAAUACCAACAGAAGUCACUUUAAAUGCAUUGUACAUCGCGCAAUACUCGAAAGACAAAGCUUGGUAUCGUGCACGUGUGAUAGACAAGAAAACGGAACCAAAUAGCGAUGAGAAAUACAGUUUGUUAUUAAUCGACUACGGUAUGAAAGAAGAAAAUGUACCUUUGAUCAGAAUGAGAAAUAUAGUGCCGCAAUUUGCGAUAUUACCAGUAAUGGGCAUUAGGUGCUCGUUAUUUGACAUAGUACCAAAUAAUGGUAAAUGGCACCCUGGCGCCACUCAAGCUUUUAAAAAUCUAGUUUAUACAAAUUCUAUGGUUUCGAUAUGUAUCAAGAUGAUAACCGGUGACACGUAUUACGUUGAUCUGAACGUAAUAUCCUCGAAAGACUCGGGUUUAAUAUCCGUGAAAGAUUCAUUAACAUAUAUGAAAUAUGCCACUUGUAUUUCGCCAAAUAGAUUAAUGAGAACGAAUCCUGACUCUACAAGAAAGUACUAUAAAGAACUGUUAGAGAUAGACACUUACACGGAUGUUCAAAUUUUGUUUGUUGAAUCUCCUAGUUCUAUAUAUAUUCAAAAGACACACGCGAAUAGAUCAUACUUCAACAAAUUGAUACACGAAAUGACAGAGGAUUAUGAAAGAAAUACACCUGCUAUUGAAUCUAUCCUUGUGCCUUACAAAGAUUCACCUUGUGCUGCACGGGGAGUUGACGGACUUUGGCAUAGAGGCAUAAUAUGCGAAGUUACCGAAAAUAUUGUACAAGUGUUUUAUGUAGACCUAGGAUAUACAUUGAUAUUAAGUUACGAUGCUAUUAGAUCCCUCAAUACAAAGUACAUGAGUUGUAGAACACAAGCUAUAAAGAUUUCGUUGAAAAACAUAAUGCCACAAUCCAACAUUAAAAAUCAGUGGGAACCGGAAACAACGGAAUUUUUAAAAAAAUUUCUAGUGAACACCAAAAACUUCAGAAUUAUCGCUUUCAACAAAGUUGAAAAUACAUACAAUGUUUCUAUGUUUACUCUAGAUAAUCAAAUUAACGUCGCUGAUUUCUUGGUAGAAAAUGGUCUGGCAUUACACAUCAAAUCUGGUUCCUACGAUACAGAAUCCCGAAACAAAAAACGCACGGUUAAAAAGAAUGUUAAUCCUAUAGAAUUAUUUGAUGAACUUUACAAUGAUCCAAUAAACUUGGACAAGAAAGACAAAGGCGUAGAAGAGAGUGAAGAUCCCUUCAAAAUAUGCGUUUUGAUACACCAAGUGCAGUCUCCAGAUUGCAUUUACGUCUCUGACGCUACGUGUGAUCAGAGUGACAUACAGCAAAUGAUGAAGGAAAUGCAAAAAUUUUAUAGCCAGUAUUAUUCCACGAAACGAGAUUCUUGGAACAAGAACUCUGUCUGUGUAGUUUAUUUUGAAAAGAGCAAUAUGUAUUAUCGGGGCGAAAUCGUUGAUAUUAAGUCUACCGAUAAAGUAGUCGUAUUUUUGUACGACAUAGGAAUUGAAGAAACUAUUUCGAUUAAUAAUAUACAGUCAUUACAUUCAUCGUUUUUCAAGAUACCAAGAUAUGUUUUUAAAAUAAAACUAAUUGGUAUAUACCCAUGUGGAGGGUCCUGUACAUGGCCAUCGUUAUCUUGCGAGAAAUUACGUGAAAUUAUAAAUAACAACCAAAACAGCAAAUUCUACAUAUCUAAACUGGAAGGCGAAGAUGUGAAAGAUUCUGCGAUACCUGUUGAAUUAUGGAUUAAACAAGUAAAAAUAGAUGGUCCAUUAACACCGACAAGACACGAAAUUAAUUCCAUCAGCAGAAUGUUAGUCGAGAAAGGUGUAGCUUUACCCGUUAAAGAAUAUGCACAGAAAAGGGAUAAAAUUCUGGCGAUUGAAUUAAAACGACAAUUAGUAAACAAGUUAGAAAGAUUAACGAAAUACAAAUCGAAUGUGACAUGGUAUAAAAUCAAUGACGAUCACAACGAUUCUACUAAAGCAAGUAUCACAAAAGUGAUGUCACAGAAUUUGUUAUAUCAUUCAGAUUUUGAUUCCGAUAGUUCAAAGUAUGACAGUAUGGAAAAAAUAUUUAAUAACAUUCCAUCACUUCCAAAAUUGUCGGCUUGGCUACCAGUAAAACCAAUAAAGGAAGAUAAAUUUAUUGCAACACCGACAUAUUUAGAUGAAAAUGGUUUCUUAUAUAUCCAUUCUAAAACCCAGAAUAUGAAAAAAAUACAAUAUAUAGAAAUGAAGUUAGAACAGCUGUAUAAUAAUUAUGAGCAUGAAUCUUUCGAUAGUGUAUGGAUUGAAGGAGAUUUAUGCAUUGUACAAUAUCAUGCAAAUAAAAAAUGGUACCGUGGAAAAAUAGUAAAAAUUCGAGAAAAUGAUAUAAUUGAUGUGGAAUUUGUAGACUACGGCAAUGUCGAAGAAUGUACGACUGAAGUUUUGAAGAAGAAAGUUGCUUUGGAAAAUAUUCCAAUUCAAUGCACAAAAUGUUUAAUCUAUGGUUUAAAUCCAGGAAACGAGGAUGGAAUUUGGAUAACAGAAGACCUAGAUAAAAUACACUGUUUACUGGUUGAACAAGAAUGUGAAGUAACAAUAAUAGAUAGGACUGAAACACAUCUCAUUAUUUCUUUGUCAAUAUUACCAAACAAAUAUUGCAAUGUGAAAUGUGACCUAAUUGAAUUUCUUGUCGAUAAAUGGAAGAUGAAUAUUAAACCUAAUAUCGAGACUGAUAUAUCUGAAAAUAGUACAUCUGUAACUAAUACUUCAAAUGUAAUUAGAGAAAAAUCAGAAAUGUUUAAUUCGUACGAUGACGUAAUAGAAGAUAUAAUUAUUAGUGGAAAUUCUGUGUUACCUCUAUACAAAGAUGUUACAAGUGAGAAUGAAAAUGAUACUAUUGCUGAUAUUGAAAACCUAUCGUGGUGUAAAAUAAAGGACGAAAUAAUUACUUCAACUCCAAACAUUGCUUCUAAAGAAAAUCUUUCAAUGAAUUAUAAAAUUAUUGAUAUACCAAAAAACAUAAACUAUAUUGAAGUAGAAUUAUGUUGCAGUAUUAGUCCUACUGAAUUCUAUGCCCAAUUAAAAGAAAAUACUCAUUCUGUUAUUUUAAAUACAUAUUAUACGCAAUAUGAAUUUUUGAUGAAUGACUUACAAGAAAAUGCAUGUAAACAACCAUUGAUUACAAAUCUUAUUCCUAAUAUACCAUGUUGCGCAAAAUUUCAUGAUGAUCUUUGGUAUCGAUGUCUCAUAACAGAAUCUGAACCUAUUAUAAAUUCAGAUGAUAUUGAAGUUAAACUCCUUUAUAUUGAUUAUGGGAACGACGAAUAUAGAAAAGUAAAUUCUCAACAAUGUCAACUAUAUACUUUAAAAAAGGAAUGGCUAGACAUACCUGCUAUAGCAAUAAAAUGUAAAUUAUGGAACAUAAAGGUUGCAUCUACAGCAGACUACAAUAAACUACUAUCUCAAUUGCAAAAAAUAUAUAAUACACGUAUUAUAGCUACAAUUAAAGAAACUGAUGAAGAAUUUUUUAAUGUUGAGCUAUAUAAAGAUGAAAAAUGUGAAAAUGUUAUCUACAAUACACUUAUUGACGAAGGUUUAUUUGAAAUUAAAUCAGAAAACAACUGA